AUGAGAACCAUGGAAAUUCCAACGUCUGUCGAUGAAGAUGCAUGGGCUGAUGUCAUCGAUUUGAUUAAAAGAGAUACAAGCAGUCAAACUGCUCCAGCCAUUGAAGUCCAAGACCGGCGAUGGGCAAUUUCCCCACUGGUCACUCCCAACAUUGGUUCCGCUGGAAUUCCAAACCAUCGUAUGGCCCGGUUCAAUGUUCCAACUCGUGAGAUACCAAGUAUGCAACUUCCACCGGCUCCACAUUUUGCUCCACCAUUCUCUCCACAACCACCACCACCAGUUCAACAAGUUCCCAGCUACAGUCCACCACAUCAUCCAAACAGCUAUCAAUAUCAAGAUAUCUAUUAUCAGCCUCCAAUGACUUCUUGUUAUGACGUGCCAACCACAUCAUAUGAGAAUCCACCGUAUUAUGCAGAGGUGCCACCGGUUGUGGCUCAAACAGAUAUUACCUAUAUUCAAAUGAGCCCGCCGAAAAUUCGUCAGAGUGUCACUCCUCCGUCAAGUCCCGAAGCAACACUUGGAUCGUUAGCUUCACAGUUACCAGCUAUCAGAACUGAUAAUCCUAUUCAUCGACUACCGCACUACGACCCACGCGACGAUUCAACUCGAUCCACGUCUCCCGAUUCUCCCUCAUCGGGCGAUCAAUCUCCAUCACGUCCGGCUAGAGUGCCAAAACUGGGGAACAAGUCUGUCGUGCACGCUUGCACUUAUCCAGGAUGUUUGAAAAGGUAUUCCAAGUCAUCCCAUCUGAAAGCUCACGAGCGGACACACUCUGGUGAAAAACCAUUUGUGUGCAAAUGGCCAAAUUGCUCGUGGAAGUUUGCUAGAAGCGAUGAGCUUACAAGACACAUGAGAAAGCAUACUGGAGACAAGCCGUUCCGUUGUAGUAUCUGUGACCGCACCUUCGCCAGAUCCGAUCACUUGAGUCUUCACAUGAAACGUCAUAGUCCUCCACAUACAUUGAUUGCACAAAAAGUGUGA